AUGGAAAACUGCAGCACAGCCUCUGAAUUUAUCCUGGUGGGUUUCAGAGACCGCCCGGAGCUGCAAGUAACGUUUUUCAUCACUUUUCUAGUGCUGUACAUCACCACUGCAGUUGGGAAUGGAGGUAUGAUAGCCAUCAUAAGUGCUGACUCUCAGCUCCACACCCCUAUGUACUACUUCCUUAAGAACCUGUCCUUCUUGGACCUCUGCUAUUCCUCUGCCAUUGCUCCUAAAGCUCUAGUGAAUUUUUUUGAGAAGAACAAUAUCAUUUCAUAUGAGGGCUGUGUGGCCCAGUUGAUGCUCUUCACCAUUUUCGUUACCACGGAAGGUUUUCUUUUGGCAGUCAUGGCUUAUGACCGCUUUGUUGCCAUUUGCUAUCCCCUCCUCUAUCCAACUAAGAUGUCAAAGAAGUCUUGCCAUCGACUGGUGGCCACUUCCUAUGCCUGUGGCUGUACCAACGGCGUGAUACAGACCAGUGUUUCCUUCCGGCUGAGAUUCUGCAAUCACAGCAAAAUUAACCACUUCUUCUGUGAUGUCCCUGCGGUCAUGGCAGCUGCCAUAACUAAUACAUAUGUCAAUGAAGUUGUGAUGUUCUCACUCUGCAAUGUUAUAAUUGCUAUCACUACAGUGGUGAUAUUCACCUCCUAUGCUUACGUUCUCUCCACCAUUCUCAAAAUCCACUCUGCAGAGGGCAGGCGGAAAGCCUUUUCUACCUGUGCCUCUCACAUCACAGCGGUGACUAUCUUUUAUGGGACAGUCUUCUUCAUUUAUGCCCAGCCUGCGGCCAUAUCCUCCCCUGCUCAGAGCAAAAUUGUGUCUGUGUUCUACACUCUCGUCAUCCCAAUGUUAAACCCCCUCAUCUACAGCCUCAGGAACAAAGAUGUCAAAGAAGCUCUGAGAAGGACUUUGGGUAAAAAGAGGCUCUUUUCCAUGAGCUGA